AUGGACUACAAGGCAAUUGCCCAAAAAACUGUCCAAGAAGUUUUAGGUUAUACUCAAGAUACAUCAGGCUGGAAAGUGGUUAAAAUUUCAAAAAAGAUAACUGUUUCCAGUAAGGCUUCUAGAAAAUUCCAUGGAAACCUAUAUCGUGUUGAAGGGAUAAUUCCAGAAUCAGCAGCUAAACUAUCUGAUUUCCUCUACCAAACUGGAGAGAGAGUUACAUGGGAUAAAUCAUUGCAAGUGUACGAUAUGGUACACAGGAUUGAUUCGGACACAUUCAUAUGUCAUACCAUUACACAAAGUUUUGCCAUGGGCUCCAUUUCCCCUCGAGACUUUAUCGACUUAGUGUACAUCAAGCGCUACGAAGGAAAUAUGAACAUUAUCAGCUCUAAAAGCGUGGAUUUUCCAGAAUAUCCUCCAUCUUCAAAUUAUAUCCGUGGUUAUAACCAUCCUUGUGGCUUUGUAUGUUCACCAAUGAAAGAAAACCCAGCAUAUUCCAAACUAGUGAUGUUUGUCCAGACAGAAAUGAGAGGAAAAUUGUCCCCAUCAAUAAUUGAAAAAACCAUGCCUUCCAACUUAGUAAACUUCAUCCUCAAUGCAAAAGAUGGAAUAAAGGCACACAAAACUCCAUCAGGACGUGGAUUUCGUCAUAAUAGUCAUUCAUGA